AUUUUUUUAAAGCGAAAACGGAAGUACUCAAAGUGAAACAUCUUGCCGCUAGCUGCUCCUCCGUAUAGCAACUAGCAACACAAAGCUAACUUUGUGUCGUUUCUGAGUCGAACCAAUGUCAGAUAAACCCGUGAAACGUCCAGGAGUUGGGGUCGGGGUGUUGGUGACGGACUCGGCCCACCCGGGCUGUGUUCUCGUGGGGAAACGGAAGAGCCCGAUGGGCAACGGGACGUACCAGCUCCCCGGGGGGCACUUAGAGUUUGGAGAGACAUGGGAGCAGUGUGCUCACAGAGAGGUGCUGGAGGAAGCUGGGGUGCGUUUGGUGGACGUCCGCUUCGCCUCGGUGGUGAACUCCAUCAGACUGGAGGAGCAGUACCACUACGUCACCAUAAUCAUGCAGGGAGAACUGGACCGGAAGCAGUCGGGAGAGCCCGAGAACCUGGAGCCGGAGAAGAACGAGGGUUGGACGUGGACGCUCUGGGACCGGUUCCCUCCAGAGGAGCAGCUCUUCUUGCCACUUGCUGGUCUGAGGCAGCAAGGCUUCCAGCCGUUCAGGAACACAGCGGCAAGCAGCUUUAAGGCAGAUCCGUAACACUGUGAAGCAUUUAUCCUUCCCCAAAGGAUCACACUGACAGACAUAAGUGCUUUUUCCUCAAACAUUGUGUCUUUUUCUUAUGCUACAUACUGUAUUAUUUGUCACAUUAUGUCAGAUUUUAAGCAACAAAUAAAUAAAAUGCAAAUGUGUAAAAGUACAGACAUCAACACAAGAGAGGGCACAUAUUUAAAUAUUUUAAUUAUUUUUUGUGACAACAUAUGCUUUAAAUAUUUUAGGAUAUUCAAUGAAAUAAAAAUAUUCUUGGGAAUGAUUUACAAA